CAAUGUAUUGUUUUAGCUCAGUCAACAACAAAAAAUAUUUAAAUGAUUUAAACAUCUCACACAAAGUUGAAAACAUCACAUUUCGUAAGAGAGGGUGUUACUUACGAAAUAAUGGCUAUCGAGGUAGGUUUGGAUGAGAUCAAAAGAACUUCAUUUUGGAGAGCAGUCGCUGCUGAGUUUGUUGGAUGCAUCUUUUUCUUACUUUGUGUAACAUCAGUUGCUUUAAGUUGGGGAAAUUCACCAGUAUCGGUUUCAUCAAACAAUGUUGAAAUUGGAAUAGGAAUCGGGUUGUCUAUCGCCUCGCUCGCUCAAGCAUUUGGUCAUGUUAGUGGAGGACAUUUAAAUCCUGCUGUGUCACUUGGUAUGAUUGUUGGAGGAAGAAUCUCCAUCAUAAAAGGCUUACUUUACAUCGUGGCUCAAUGUAUUGGAGGAAUUGUAGGCUCUGCUUUAACCUACGCAUGUACACCAUAUAAAUGGCAAGAUUCACUUGGUGUUACAAGUUUACAUGCAGAUGUUAAAGUCGGACAAGGAUUUGGCAUGGAACUGCUCUUCACUUUCUUGCUCGUAUUUUUUGUGUUCUCCAUCACUGAUCCGAAAAAGAAAGUUGAAGCUUAUGGAACAACAUUGGGUAUUGGCGUUGUUAUCUGGGUAUGCCAUGUGUGCUUGAUUCCGUUCACUGGAUGUGGAAUAAAUCCCGCACGUUCAUUCGGGCCAGCUGUAGUCAUGGAUUCAUGGAAAGAUCAUUGGAUUUACUGGGCUGGGCCGAUGCUUGGUGGUGUUCUUGCCGCACUUGCAUAUACGUUCAUCUUUUUCAAAGAGGAUAAAAACGACACAGCAUACGUUGCUACAGAUGUACCGCUAAAAAGAAACUCUUCUGCUUAAAAAAUGUAUCUCUUUGUAACAUUAUUUUAUUAUUAUUUUCUUUAAUAUUUUUUUUUAGGUAGUGAAGUGAAAAUGUUUUACAUGUUUUUUGAAUUUUUUGAUUGCUCACUUAUUAUGUCUCGGUAAUUUUAAUUCUCCGUAGAUCUCAUAAAACCUGAUGCCGUGCAAAAUAACGGAAUUGAUUCUUCUAAUUAUAUUUAACCUACAGCUAAUACAGGACGUACUUAAGCAGAGGAUGUGUCUUUAUUUAUUCCAGGGGGUUAAAAUUUCUCAGAUCUUCCUGUUGCAUUGCAUGGUGAUGCCUAGUAUUAUAGUAAACCCACCCCUCCUCUCCUCCUAUAAAAGAAAAAAAGAAGAAAAAGCUUGGGUGCUUGCAAUAACGCUGUGUUUAGUUGAUUUAUUAACAGUUUAUUUAUAAAAAAUAGUAUAUAUCUUUAUACCUUCAACGUUUAGUUUUUUUUUAAUUAUGUAUGACAAAAUUUUAAAAAAGUGCUCAUCAGAAAGAUAAAUACUUAUAUCCACGGG